AAUUGACAUGUUUCUUGUCUUCACACAGGCGCGAGGAAAUACAUAAGCUCUAACGGAACUGGAACUCCUUCCUUUCCCUCUCUCUUCCUCUGCACAGAAGGACAGUCAUCAUGGCAUCGCCUCACCUGCAGUGGAUGGUCAUCAGAAACAGCUCCAGUUUUCUCAUCAAGAGAAACAAACAGACCUACAGCACCGAGCCGAAUAACCUGAAGGCCAGGAAUGCUUUCCGUUUCAAUGGUCUCAUUCACAGGAAGACCAUUGGCAUUGAGCCGGCCGCUGACGGCAAAGGUGUGGUCGUGGUCCUGAAGAAACGUUCAGGUCAGCGUAAACCUGCCACCUCAUAUGGGAAGAUCACCAUCAACAAGAACUCUCGCGCCACCCUCGCCAGCGUCAGGAACAUCAUCCGCAAAAAUAAAUACAGGAGAGACCUGCGUAUGGCCGCUCUGAGACGUGUGAGCGCCAUCCUCAGCAGUCAGAAACCUGUGGUGGUGAGGAAGAAGCGCUCCAGGGCUCCCAAGAGUUCAUAAAUAGACGCAUAUACAGCUUUUGACUGAAUAAAAGCUUUUGGUUAAACUUCA